UAUUUGUGCGCAGAUGUGUCUUAUUUGGUCUUGAGAAGUGCGUAAGAGGUGACUCGAGACUCCGAUUUGUAGGAUCAUCACUUCAGGAAGGAUUCAUUACAAGAGCCAUGUGGGUCAUCCUGGCCUUGCUGCUUGCCCUCUCCAGUGGCACUCUGUCUCAGGACAAACUCAACAUGUGCAUGGACGCCAAACACCACAAAGUAAACCCUGGCCCUGAGGGACAACUUUAUCAGCAGUGUGCUCCGUGGAAAGACAAUGCAUGCUGUACUGCCAACACCAGUGAAGAAGCCCACGAUGAUAACUCCUACCUGUACAACUUCAACUGGAAUCACUGUGGUAUCAUGAGCCAUCAGUGCAAGAAACACUUCAUACAGGACACCUGCUUCUAUGAGUGUUCACCACACCUGGGACCCUGGAUACAGAAAGUGGAUCAGAGCUGGCGUAAGGAGCGUAUCUUGGAUGUGCCUCUGUGUAAGGAGGACUGCCACGAAUGGUGGGAAGACUGCAAGAAUGAGAUCACCUGCAAGACUGACUGGCACAAAGGGUGGGACUGGAGCUCAGGUACCAACCAAUGCCCUAAGGACAGUAAAUGCAGAAAGUGGACCGAAGUUUACCCCACACCCAAGUCCAUGUGUGAACAAAUCUGGUCCAAUUCCUACCUUUAUACCAGUUACACCAAAACCUCAGGACGCUGCAUGCAGCUGUGGUUCACCGGGGAGAACCCCAACAAGAAGGUAGCCACGUACUACCUGAACAAUGCGCAGCCAGGAAAACAAAGCUUUGCCUUGACAACUCUACUCCUCCUAGCUUUUGCAUCUUUCUCUGUAAUGAUGCACUAAAAUGAUAUCAUUGACCUACCCUGUAUCAGCUUUGAGGUGCCAAUAAAACUGCUUUCAAAUGCUC